GGCUCUGGUUAUUGUACUCACUGUGACUGGUAAGAGUCGCGUUCGCGUUUUGGACCUCGCUAGUCGCCGUACUGUGUCCGGUGCUGUGUGAAUAUGGCCUCCUCAAUGUCACUGCUGGCUCUGAGUCGAGUUUCUGUCCGCAGUUUAAUCACACAGACCCCGCGGAGCUGCUUCAGGUCAGUUAGCACGUCAGGAUGUCUGGCUCAGAAACAAGAGCAAGGGUCCCAGCUCAUCACAGUGGACGAGAAGCUGGACAUCACAACGUUAACUGGUGUUCCAGAGGAGCACAUCAAGACCCGUAAAGUGCGCAUUUUCGUGCCCACUAGGACGGCCAUGCAGUCUGGCGUCCAGAACACCAAAAAGUGGAAGAUGGACUUUGACACCCGGGAGCGCUGGGAGAACCCUUUGAUGGGCUGGGCUUCCACAGGCGACCCACUCUCCAACAUGGUCCUUACUUUCAGCACCAAGGAAGAAGCCAUUGCGUUUGCUGAGAAGAAUGGUUGGAGCUACGACAUAACAGAGAAGAGAACGCCGAAACCGAGAGUUAAGUCGUAUGGAGCGAACUUUUCCUGGGACAAAAGGACUAGAAGGUCCGCCAAAUAGAUGAUCAAUCAUGGCUGUUGCUGUUAUCUGUAACAGACUUCUACAAGUUUCAAUUUCUGUAUCUAUAUCUAAUAAAGCAUCCUAUGUUCAAUACUAA